AUGUCUCUUAAGAGAAGAUCCUCGGAAAAAACAGCACCUGCACUUCCUAAACGGAGAAGAACCUACCAAGCUUGCAUCAGCUGCAGAUCAAGGAAGGUGAAAUGUGAUCUGGGUCCAGUUGAUAACCCCCACGACCCACCGUGUGCACGUUGCAAAAGGGAGCUAAAAAAAUGUAUUUUUAGUUCUAAUAAAGGUGCUACGAAUGGCCCAUCCCCUAACAUGAUUGAUACAAUAUGCCAGACAUCUUUAGGUGAGAGUAAGCAAGAGAUACGGAAUGGCUCAACGAGCCCGAUUCCAUCAGAUAUUCCUUUGUCAAGAAAAGGGACCAAUAAUGAAACAUCUUUCAAAUCAGAAGGGGUGAAGUGGAAGCUUGAACUUUCCUCCAUGCAGAACGCUUUAGAGUUUUUAGCCCAAGCUGCUGGUACUGUAGCAAAAGAAGGAGCAAAGGAAAUCAUAAAGGACAAGUCUGCAACACCGAAACCGCUCGAAAGCUCUUUACAUCCACCAAGUAAAUCUGCCACGGACGAAGGGUUGAAACGACUUUCAAAAAGUGAGAGUGCUGCUUCUGCUACUAACACACCUUACGAAAAUACGACAGCUAUGCUUACUUUCACGCUGAAUGCGAAUAGGAAAACGUCGCAAUUAGUAGAAGAAAUUAGUAGAGUCAGACCCAUACCCACCCGGAAAAUAGAUGACUUCGAAUACAUCGGUCCAGAUAGCUUGCUCACAAAAGAGGAGGCGAUUGAACUCAUAGAGGCAUUUUUUCUCACGAUGCAUCCGUUUUUCCCCAAUAUCCCACUACAAUUGCAUACUCCUGAAGAAUUGGCAGAAUAUCCAAUUUUAUUUUGUGCAAUUUUGACUGUUUCUGCUCGCUAUCAUCCAUUCAAUACUUUAGGAUUGGAUAAUGGGGAAGAUGGGAUGAGGCACAUUGAAGUUCACGAUAAAUUAUGGGUAUAUUGCCAGAAACUUAUAUCUCAAACAAUUUGGGCAGAAGCUAGUACUAGGUCAAUUGGUACCGUGCUUGCUUUCAUAAUUUUCACCGAAUGGAACCCAAGAAGUAUCCAUUAUAAGUGGUCAGACUAUGCAAAUGAUCCAGAGUUAAACAAUGUUAAUGCUAGAGGAAGUAAGAAUAUUAACACGAGAAAGGACGAAGAAGGAUUGACUGGUGUCGGCGCCAUCCGUAGAAGCGACCGGAUGUCAUGGAUGCUGACUGGGUCUGCAGUAAGACUGGCGCAAGAUAUGGGGUUCAUUGAAAAUAGCUCAAAAAUAUUCAUUGUUACUCAUAUAUCUGAGACUACAAGUGCCAUGAAUAUGAACCAAAGGUCUUUAUUGGCGGAAUCAUUCAGCGUUUUAAACUUAAAUUUAGGGAAGUUUGAAAACGAUGGAAAUGAAAACAAUGAGGAUUAUCUUGGGAACGAAAAAUUUUAUCUGGAUGAGAUUUUGCCUGAUAAUGAAAGCAGAGAAAGGUGGAGAAGAAUUUUCGAAAGCUCAGAAAAUGAUAAUGACAACGAGAAAUAUUUGUUAACAGAUUGGGAAAGGGAGUUUUUGAACGAUGAAUACGUUUUAUAUUACUCUAAUAAAAAGGACGAUACUAACUUGGCACAAAACCAUACGCCACCAUUUCCGUUAAGAUUCUCGUUCGCCCAAAGAGCAAAAAUAGAGAUAAUUCGAAUCCUAUCCAUAGCAUAUGAGACAAUUUACUGCGAGAAGAAUAAGAGAAAAUUGGCAACAACUGACCAGAGACACAACCUGUCCGUUCUAAGUGUUUUUUCUCCCUUGAUAGAGGGCUGGCUUAGCAACUACAGAGAAGUUCUUGUACCUCUUUCUGAUGUUCCUUUCUCACUAGCAGAUAGGAAAAAUAAAAAACAAAUGCUUGAUAACAUCGAUAGAAUAAAUGGUGAAAGUAUUAUCACAGAUUUCAAUUAUUGUCAGCUUUACAUCUUUUCCCUUGCGCUACAAGUAGAUGGGAAAACAAGCAGAUUGAAUAUGAAUGAAAUUGUGACAAGCGCGAGGUAUGUAGAAUUAGCUUACAGAUCUGCAAAAGAAAUAUUGGGUUCUGCCAAGCGAGUUUCACGACAAGGAAUGCUAAAGUACAUGCCCGUAAGAUGGGUAAUACGGAUAAUUAGAUCCAUCGCGUUCAUAGUGAAAUGCUACCUAACACUUACUGGCAGUGAACUUGCAACAAAUCCAGAUGCCAGAAACAUCUUAAAGUUGAGUGCGAUAUCGGUUGAUGAAACGUUCGAUAUCAUUCGCGACACUGCAGUUACCUUGAAAGAAGCCACGCCAGAUGAGUUACAUCUUUGUCAAAGGUAUGCAGCCAUAUUAAUGUACUUAUGCACAGAAAUGAAACUUCGAAAAAAAUCCUACUUAGAUCGACCACCCUUAUUAAGAAGUGGCACGACUUCCCUAGAAGGCAAUUGUGAAUCAUCACUGGAGGGAGUGGAGUUCGCUAAGAAGCCCACAUUUUCUAAACGUAUGGGAUGCAAUAAAACUGAGAGUAAUUUUGAACCCUCAGAAAGGCCUGUCACAGAGGAAAUUGAUAGCAAUUUUAAUAAUCCAAAUAAUAUAUCUUCUAAAGCUAUUGUUUAUCCCUACGUUGAACAAAAUAAUGAUAUAACAGCAGCGUUACUAAACAAUGAGCUUUUCCAAGGCCCAUCACUAUCUGAAGAAGUCACAGAUUGGUUCGGUGCUAGUGAAGAUAUCGGGCUGGAAUUUGUAGAGCCAUGGACAGAACUUAUUGAACAACGGUACAUGCAAUGCGGAGAUGGCGAUAACAAUAACUUUGAGAAUUUAUACAAUUUAUUUGUGAAUAGUUAUGACAUCGAUAAUGAUACUGAUAACUCAAGGCCGAUAACACGUAAAUAA